AUGAUGAUGAGGACGGUGAUGCACGCAGGUUUUCAGAAGAUGUCCAAGUACGAGCUGGACCGCUACUUCGCGGACCCGACAACAGCACGCUCAGCCCAGAUCGUGGCGAAAGGAGCCAGGGAAGUGCUGGGCGAGGUGGACCCCUUCGCUCCGGGCGAGCGACCCAACCAGAUGCAGGCGACAGACACGCCGUCCGUGAUUGAGGACUACUUGCGCCCCUGCAGCCCGCGGCUGGGCGGGGGGGGCGGGGUUACCUUUCAGCGAGCAAUCGGCAGCGAGAGUAAGCCGUCGUCAUUGGAGGAGUUCCCGUCCGAAGUGGAAGGCGUGGGUGCCUGUUCCGGGCGUAUGUCGCCGGCCGAAAGGGAGCGGCCAGACCGCCGGCCGGCGGCCGCGCGCUUCUCCUCCGGCGACCGCCCCGCUCCGAACCGCGGCAAUGGCGCUGCGACGCCGGGCCGUUAUUCGCCGGGCCGUUGGACCCCUCCGGGGAAUUCCGGUGACCUGGACCCCGACCCGUGGGCACGAGGCUGGUUCACAGAGCACGGCAACGAGAACUGGGUCAGCGUGUCGGCGGAGGAGGAUCGCGGCCCUCGUUUCCCCCCCGACCGGAUGGAUAUGAGCAGCACCUUCGGCACGGACAUGGCCGUCGCGUCUCCGGCCCAACUUUUCGACCGGUCCGGCGGCGACCUCGCCUUCGUCAGCCCAAAGCACGAGAGCAGCAGCGGCCGCCGCGCCCCCGGCUCGCUCGCCCCAAGAGGACCGGACUGGUGUCUCCACGAGGACGACACCGCUGCAGGUGGCGGUUUUCGUAGCCGACUCGUCGACCAGGAUGACGACGGUGCCUGGAGCGAUGGGUCGGAGGAAGUAUUUCCCGAACCGGACCCGUCCGACCUUGCGGACGGCGGCCUGCCGUGCUUGUCCCGCCGCCCCCUCGGCGACUGGACCGCUGUUGCCCCCCAAGGAUGA